AUUCUCCUUUUACAAAUGCAGGGAUAGGAUCCAAUCUAAAUCUGUUAGGAGAGAUCGAAUGUGAUGCCAGCAUAAUGGAUGGAAAGUCCUUAAACUUCGGAGCCGUCGGAGCACUGAGUGGAAUCAAGAAUCCAGUUUCAGUUGCACAAAUGCUCUUGCAUGAAGGGCAGAAGGGCAAGCUGUCUGCAGGCAGAAUUCCUCCCUGCUUUUUAGUUGGAGAAGGAGCCUACAGAUGGGCAGUGGAUCAUGGGAUACCCUCUUGCCCUCCUAGCACCAUGACCACAAGAUUCAGCUUAGCAGCAUUUAAAAGGAACAAGAGGAAAUUAGAGCUGGCAGAAAGGGUGGAAUCAGACUUCAUCCAGCUGAAGAGAAGAAGACAAUCAAGUACAAAGGAAAACGACUCGGGCACCUUGGACACAGUGGGUGCUGUAGUCGUCGAUCAUGAAGGGAAUGUUGCUGCUGCUGUCUCCAGUGGAGGCUUGGCCUUGAAACAUCCAGGGAGAGUUGGGCAGGCUGCUAUUUAUGGAUGUGGCUGCUGGGCUGAAAAUACUGGAGCUCAGAACCCCUACUCCACAGCUGUGAGUACCUCAGGAUGUGGAGAGCAUCUUGUGCGCACCAUACUGGCUAGAGAAUGUUCACGCGCUUUACAAGCUGAAGAUGCUCACCAAGCUCUGUUGGAGACUAUGCAAAACAAGUUUAUCAGUUCACCUUUCCUUGCCAGUGAAGAUGGCGUGCUCGGUGGAGUGAUUGUUCUCCGGUCAUGCAGAUGUCCUUCAGAGUCUGACUCCUCCCAAGAUAAACAGACACUGCUGGUGGAAUUUCUGUGGAGCCAUACUACAGAGAGCAUGUGCGUGGGAUACAUGUCAGCCCAGGACGGCAAAGCCAAGACUCACAUUUCAAGACUCCCUCCUGGUGCUGUGGCAGGACAGUCCGUGGCAAUUGAAGGGGGGGUUUGCCGCCUGGAGAGCCCUGUGAACUAACUCCGUAGGCUGAAUAUGAAGUGUCUGAGAGGCAUUUCAGAGCCUGAGCUUUGGGCUGUUUAAUUGAAGUUGGAUCUUUUAUCUUCCUUGUUUUGUAAUUCUUAUUGCAACCUCGGGCACUGCUUGGGACACUUAAGUGCUGCUAUACUUAGUGCUGGUUGACACUCGAGUCUUAGAUGGGUGAGCGGAAGCAUGUGUGGGUGUGUAUCUGUGUGCAGUGUGUGUGCUUGCUUCUCCCUGAUGGGAUAAGUUCUCCUCAAGUGUAACCUAUGAAUGAGAAUGAUUAAAUCUUUACAAAAUGUGUGCUUUAACUGUUUACAAGUAAACCUAAAGUUGUAGAAAGCUUUUUGUUUCUUCAAGAGGUACCAACUAUGGUUGAUACAAUGUGUCUGAACUGAAGAGUGAAUCUGCUUGUUUAACGACUUGACCUUGAUUGUAGUCCAUUUAAUAACAGUAAUCAGUAAUAUGGUGUCAGUUUAAGUGGAUGGUGCAGUAACUUAAACUGUUGUUCUCAUCCCUCAUACAGGGCCUUUUUCCUUGAACACAGAAUGGUUUCAGUGAAACCAUUCUAGCAGAGAAUUAAAAUCAUAACCUUUUAAAGUAAUGGUCUUAUUGAUAAAGUUUGUGCUUCUUUCCUGAGCUAUUUGAAGCUUAAGUAUUGCAUAGCUUUGCGCCGUGUGUACUAUAUUAUGAAAGAAUAUGUAAAGAGAGUGUUCAGUAACAUACAGUUUUAAUUUGUGUAUAAUGGAAUGUUAUUUACAAUGUAACACUGUAAAUAAGAAAGCAAAAGUUUAUGGGGAAAAUUCAAUAUUAUCUUUGUUUCUUGUUUAAAUAUAUUUUUAAGAUAAAGGUACAAAAAUAAAAGAAGCAUAUUCCUGGGUGUGGUGUGUGA